CCUUUCAAUUUCAUUUGAAAUCCCUGUUUCUUUCACAUAAUGAGGUUGCAGGCCUGUGCUUUUUAUUUAUCCUCUCUCUUCUAAACCUUGAUGGAUGCAAAAGUUAACACCUUUAUUUUCAAGCUUAGAUCACAACCUGUAAUUAGAAUGUACCAGAAAGCCUCUAUUUCUCAAAUAAAAGCUGAUAAAGAUGGAUAUUAAUAGCCCUUCAAUCGAGCUCUCUCAAAAUCUUUAUGAAUCUCUCCUUUUUAGUUCCAUAUCGGUUGCUACAUAUGCGGUACAUUUUGGACUUUAAUAUUUUAUCUAUUUCUGUAUCCUACUGAUCCUAUUCCGAUCAACCAUUUUCUUCAGUAUUUUCAAACCAUAAGGAAAUCCGGUACUAUUUCUGCCGCAAAACUCCAAAAUUCCACUUCCAAACUGUCACUCUUUCUAACUAAAACCCAUCCCCCAGCAGUCUCUCAGUACACAGCCUGCACAAUCAAACAAAACGAGUACAUUUUCAAACCAAGGGGAAGUUGGUAAAAAUUUUAUAUUAAAAAACUCUCUUCAGUGUUCCCUAUCUCAAACUGAAACCCAUUUUUCCCACCAAUAGGAAAAGGGGUUGUUAGUUGUUACAAAUUUGUACCAAUCAGUUCAAUGCUUUUUCAAACUCUUUAUUCCAUUGGACUUUAAUCUGUAAACAAGAAUGCUUUCCUUAGAAUUUGUGUUCGGGUUCUAAAAGUCUUGCUUUUCUUUAAGUAAAACACAACACUCAGAAGCCAAAAACCAAGAUUACUGCUUUUACAUAUCAAACCAAGAUUCCAUUGGUAUUGCAUGGACAAAGCAUCGACAAAAACAACAUUGAGGAGGUCAAAAUGGCAAUACCCACCACCGCCACCUACACCAAGAAUCCUGCAUUUGCCUCGCAGGCCUCACAGGAAGCCACCAGCAAAGGCUAGUGCUACCAAGUCCAGUUCACAAAGAGAUAGGAAAGGUAAGCUGGAGAGUUUGUUUGAUCAAGAAAGAGAGUUUACAAGAGGGUUUACUCCAGUUGUAACGGUGAGUGGUGGAGGAGAUUAUCAGUGUGAGGAGGAGAGGAGAGAGAGAGUGGAGGAAAGAGAGAGCGUGGUGAUGGAGGAGGAGAAGUGGAAGUUUCAAGCUGAGAUAUUGAGGGCAGAGUGUAAUUUGCUAAGGAUGGAAAGAGAGAUUGCUGUGAAGAAGAUGGAGAGAAGAAGGGUCCAGGUGGAAAGGGCUUUGAGAUCUGCUGUUCAAACUCUGCUUGCUGGGAGAGAAAAGAUGUGCAAUGGAAAGAAUGCAAACAUGGUUUUGGAGGUAGAGAUCAUAGAAUUGGCUGAGAAACUAGAGAAGUUGCAGAAGAGAUCAAGAAAUAAGGAUUUAGAUGUUCGAAAGGGUUGCAAUUUUGAUAAACAAGCAUCUCUUCUUCAAAGAAGGCUACACAAGUUUGCAGGAGAAUCAGAUGAGAUAUGUGUGAAGGAGAUUCAAGAGAUGGCAGAAGCAUGCUUGUCCAUCAAUACCACUAGCAGCAUCAAAGAAAAUUUUGUUUUGAAUUGCAGCAGCAAUAUGGAGGCUCUGAGAAAGAAAGUGGAGGGAUUGUCAAAGGGUAAUCUGCUAGAGAGGAUGGAAGUUGAAUAUGGGUCGAUGCUCUCUACAGCCAACAGUUCUGCUUCUAGUUCUAGUUAUGCUGCCACUUCCAAGCGAUUCGAACUCUUAGAGAUAUCUUCAUCCUCAAUGAUACAACCAUGCAAGGAGAGAAAGCCUUAUGAGGAGAGAGCAUGUUCAGGAUGCUGCAAGGCAAUAGUGCAAAGGGUUGUGGAGCAAGUUCGGGCUGAGACAGAGCAAUGGUCCCAAAUGCAAGAGAUGCUGGGCCAAGUCCGGAAUGAGAUGGAGGAAUUGCAGGCUUCUAGAGAUUUUUGGGAAGAUCGAGCACUUGAUUCUGAUCAUCAAAUUCAAUCACUAAACUCUGCUGUGAAAAAAUGGAGACGGCAAGCUCUCUCCUCAGAAGCCAAGGCAAAUGAGCUACAAGCUCAGGUAUCACUGCUUCGAGCUGAGAUGGAAAAGUUGAGGAAGGAAAAAACAAGAAAAACAAAUAGGAACAAAAUCUCAGCAGCGAAUUUGCAUGAAUCGCCAAACGAGAUGGAGAAAAGAGUACUGGUUUGUCGAUUGAAGGAAAAUGGCCAAGCAAAUGAUGAUUGCUGCAAGCAUCAGGAGUCAUUGGAAAAUGGAAGAAAAACAAGUGGAAGUGGACUUAAUACUUUGAAACGCUCACCAUUUAGAGAUAUUGGAAAUUCAUCACCAUUGUUAAGGCAAAAUAACAGGGGAGUUUUUCCUUUGCACUGUCCCCUCUCUUACAAUGUGCAGAGAGAUUCCUAAUGCCCUGAAUCCUGUCUUCUUAAGUAUCUAAACUUAGUGACUUGUGACCAUUCCAAUAUAGAAGAACUUGUGGAGAAUUAUGAAUUACCAUUGCAUUUC